UGUUCUAACGAGAAAACAUUCAGAGCUAAACUAAACUGUUAAUAAAUUAAUAACUAACGAACCAAACUGUUAACGCAACAACAGGGCAGCUGCCGGGCCGACCAGGCCCGCUUUAACGCCACCGAACCGAACCUCGGUUCUGCUCGGUCCGCCGGAUCUCAUCAAAGCUUCCGCCCUCAACUGGCCGGACCGGCUGUCAUGGCGGCGCAGGCGGAGAGCUGGAGCUGGUUUGCGGCUUUAGCUGUGGGGGUUUCUCUGCUCAAAUGUCUCUUCAUCAACGCCUACCAUUCCACAGACUUUGAGGUCCACAGGAACUGGUUGGCCAUCACGCACAGCCUGCCGGUGUCCAGGUGGUACCGUGAGAACACGUCUGAGUGGACCCUGGACUACCCGCCGCUCUUCGCCUGGUUCGAGUUCGGCCUGUCGCAGGCGGCCCGGCACUUCGACCCAAACAUGCUGCGGGUGGAGAACCUGGACUACGCCAGCCCGGCCACGGUUCUGUUCCAGAGGCUGUCGGUCGUCUUCACCGACCUGCUCUUCAUCUACGCUGUCAGAGAGUGCUGCAGGUGCGUUGGGGUCCAGAAGGGUUCUAAGGAGGUUCUGACCCGGCCGUCCUUCGUCCUGGCCGUGCUGCUGCUGUGGAACUUCGGGCUCCUGGUGGUCGACCACAUCCACUUCCAGUACAACGGCUUCCUGUUCGGGUUCCUGCUGCUGUCGGUGGCCAAGCACCUGCAGGGCCAGCACCUGCAGGGGGCGCUGCUGUUCGCCGUCCUGCUCCACCUGAAGCACAUCUACCUGUACGUGGCUCCGGCUUACGGGAUCUUCCUGCUGAGGAGCUACUGCUUCACCCGGGACCACAGAGACGGCGCCAUCAGGUGGAGCAGCUUCAGCCCGCUGCGUCUGCUGGCUCUGGGCGGCAUCGUCACCUCCGUCUCCGCUCUGUCCCUGGGACCCUUCAUCGUCACGGGCCAGCUCCCUCAGCUCGUCUCCCGCCUCUUCCCCUUCAGGCGGGGUCUCUGCCACGCCUACUGGGCCCCCAACGUCUGGGCGCUCUACAACGCGGCGGAUAAACUCCUGGCGGCGCUCGGCGUCCGCCUGAAGCUGCUGCAGGAGGCGGAGCUUCCUCGGGCCUCCAUGACGGGCGGCCUGGUCCAGGAGGUGCAGCACGCCGUCCUGCCCUCCGUCUCCCCCUCCGUCACGCUGCUCUGCACCCUGCUGUCCAUCCUGCCGGCACUGGCGUCCCUGUGGCGCCGUCCCCGCGGCGGCCGCGCCUUCCUGCGCUGCCUGCUGCUCUGCGCUCUGGCCUCCUUCCUGUUCGGCUGGCACGUCCACGAGAAAGCCGUGCUGCUCGCCGUGCUGCCGCUCAGCGUCCUCGCCGUGGAGAGCAGAGAGGAUGCUGGGAUCUUCCUGGUCCUCGCCACCACGGGUCAUUACUCGCUGUUCCCGCUGCUCUUCACCCCCGCAGAGCUGCCCAUUAAGGUGUGUCUGAUGCUGAUGUUCACCAUCUUCUCCUUCACCGGCCUCGGGGCGCUGCACAGGGCCCGGGGGCCUCUGCUCCGUCCUCUGGAGCUGGUCUACCUGCUGGGGCUGCUCGCCGUGGCGAUCGGCUGUGAGUUCGUCUUCCCCUUGUCGCCGUGGCGACAGCGGCUGCCGUUCCUCCCCCUGCUGGUGACCUCGGUGUACUGCGCCGCCGGGGUCUGCUACUCCUUCCUGCGUCUGUACGCCAGCAUGCUGCGCUCCGACCACAGAGCCAAACAGCCGUGAGGUCAGCGGUCCGUCCGGCUGGAGGCGGAACCUGGAGGCGGAACCUGGAGGCGGAACCUGGAGGCGGAGCGAGCGUCGCCUGUGAAGACGAGGCGUGAUGAAGGCUGAGCCACAGCGACGGUCCAGGAGGAAGAAGAGAAGCUGGUUCUCAGAGAAACAGACUGUCAGGACCAAAGAGCUGCUCUCACUGAUUUUCUAAUAAACAAAAAGUUUCCCUCCAUUUCUGUCUGGUUUGAGACGUCAGAAAUUAAACGUUCUCAUUAAAAUGUUUUAUUCAGAACCAGCUGUGAAUGUUAACCACGCUGCAACACGGCUCUCUUUAAACUGCAGGUGAAAUCCUGCUUUAGAAAUCUGUGUCUUCAUUACAUUUUAUUUAUGGCGACUUUUACUGUAAAUAAUCUGGAAUCAGGAUUUCUGGGUUUUCUGUUCCUCUACCAUCUUCUUAUUUAAAAAUAUUCACAUUUAUUCACAGACGGUAGCGCUUUGUGGCACGGGUGAACCUAAAUAAAAACCUAAAAGUGGUUUCCUGUUCUCCUCUGGGUCAGGCGGGCUGCUCUACCAGAAUUAGUGGCUAAAGUCAGGCAGACUGAGGCCAGGUGGCAGGGUUGUCGGGAAGAUUCCCAACCAGCCGGUCUGUUCCAGGCUGAAGCUGCUGGUGCUAGAACAGUUUUUAUUUUUAUUUCUGCCCAAUAAUAAUAAAGAACUACAGGUA